CAAUCCUUUCUGGCUCUUUUUUUCCUUUAGCAAUCUUACUUUUCUCAAUCUACCUCUAUAUAUAUGUGAGUGAAAAGCUUCAGGAGUCUAAGUAGAAAGAUUGUGGUAGCAUUUGAAGCAAAAUGAGCCAACAACAAGAAGAGCUUACUUUGGAGAAGCUUGGUUCUCAUGUUCAGCCUCUUGAAUAUACAUGGGACUCCUUUGGUGAAAGUACAAUUUCCUUCCCUGCAAAAGGGUUGAAGAUUGCUUGGGGAGAUGAUCAGACUUACUGGAAAGAGGUUCAAAUUCCCAAAGAUGAUAGAAAAUGGUUAAAGUAUGAAGAUGGAAUGGAGCUGCUUCAAGUAUGUUUGUUUGAAGCAAAAGGGAUACUAGACUUGGCAAAAACACAAGGCCUGUCACCAAACAAGACUUAUGAAUUGUACUAUGUCAUAAAGUUCAAAGAUGAAGCAUUUGGGUGGCAGGAUUUGCCUGUUUCAUUCAAAAUAGCACCUCCAGGUGGUCAAAACAAAAAGAUCAAGAUUAGUGAUAACUUUGGAGCUUAUGAGAAGAAUAAAUGGCAUAAAGUUUUUGGCUGUGAGUUUACUGUUGAAUCAAACUUGCAUGGAAAGUAUAAGUUUGGUAUGUAUGGAAUAGAGGCUCUUAAUUGGAAGGGUGGCAUAAUUCUUCAUGGUGUCCUCAUUCAAUCCAAGGAUUAAUUACUCUCUAUCUAUCUAUCUAUCCAUCUGGUGUGUAAUGGAGCUUGGUAAAAUAAAUGUUAUGGGACAAUCUAAGUUGGAGGGCUAGCUUUGGCACAUCCUCUGUCAAAUACUGGAUUUGAUUUGAGUGACCUAGUAACACAAAGGAUGGAUGGUUCACUUUAUGGUGAUUGUCUCCUAAGUGUUACUAAUGCUUUUCUACAAACUUUUGAUGUCCUUACCAGUCAAGUCUUUUUUUCAUUAUUUGGUGGAUUGUGAUGCUUUUUUUCUUGUACUGUCAUCGUUUGGAUUUGCUUGUCAUCUGUGUGAUUGUCUUUUCAUUUCAAUAAAAGAGUGGUUUAUCUA